GUGCAAGCCUCGCUUUGGGAGUUCGUGCGCCGAGCCCGCAACUUCAUCUGCUUUCCACGCGAGGCAGAAGUAAACCUGCAGUCUGCGAUCGAUGCUUCUCCUUGGGGCUUAGCCUUCAGGUCUUGGCAAAGCCCUGGUGUAGACAGCGCGUAUGCGACGAAAUCACCGCUAGACUUGCACCGAAACGAUCUCAUCUUGCCAAGAGGGCGGAGCGACAGCAUCGUCUACGUGGAUGGCUUGUUUUGGUGGCAUACGGACAUGCCACGUAUCAUCGUACCCGAAAAGGACCAACGGGCCGCACCCUCUGGGGCUUUCUUCAAACUGCUAGAGAUCUGCGAGCGCUACAAUCCGUCGGAUGAAGAAAGCGAUGAGAAGCUCCUGCGGCGUGUUUUCGCUGGAAGAAAUCUGGCUUUGGAUAUCGGGGCUUCUCCUGGGGGUUGGUCAUACUGCCUUGCCAAAGAGUUGGGCACCAAGCUGGUGAUCUCCUGCGAUCCGGCCGCUUACAUGCACCCGUUGGUGCGCGAGCUCAUCGACGCGGAACAUCGGGACGACUUCCGGCAGUUCUUCAGACAUCAUGAACAAGUUGAAGACGCCAAACACCUGAAGUACAUGGCAGAGUGUCGGAGCGCCGGGACCCAGAAAACUGAGGUCGCAGAGACGCCUGGGAGCAUCUUGCACUGGCGCAUGCGUGGUGAAGAGGCGAUCUCGAAGCUAGAGGAGGCUGCCUCCGACGAGAGAAAGAAACUUGCCCUGUUUGUCUGUGACAUGAACGAUGGCCUUGAGAACGCCUGUCAGCUGCUUUACGAAGUCUAUCGUCGCGGUCUCUUCGAAUCCCCAUGUCUGGCAGUUGUUACCUUCAAGAACACAUGCCGCUCAAAGCGGGAGUUUCGUGAGCGCAAGAGGGCCAUGAUUCAGCGACUGAAGCAGGAUGGUGUGCUGCACCACAUACACGAGAUUCAUCUGUUUGCAAACACACGGUUGGAAACCACCAUCGUCGGGCAAAUGCUUGCAUGA